UUUGUUCUUGUUUUAUUUUAUAUUUUGUUUGGGGAUAUUUUAUUGGAGAAUUGUAUUGUAUUAUGAUUAGAUGGAGUUUGUAGAAUAAUAAUUAACUCUUUGAUGUUGUUUGUUGUAUUUGAAACUCUACUCUAUUCAUCCAACUCUAACCCCAAGAUCAAAAAAAAAAAAAUCAAAGAUUUUAAGGCGUUUUGAGGUUAUUUUAUUAUUUACUUGGUUGUAUGGCUAAAUACAACUAAAUACAUUUCGUUUUGACUGAGUUUCGUUCCGUCGCCUGCUAUUAUGGAAGAAGUGGACUCCAUUAUUUUACACUUUAUUCGCCAAUUGAAUGUGAAGAUAGAUGAAGAAAUAAAAAACAUAUGUGAAUUGCCUGUGGAAACCAUUAUUGAAGCUGCUUCAAAAUGUCUAAUAUCAAUAAAUCAAACAUUGAAAGUUCCAAUGAAAUUACCCUCUGGUAUAUCCCACAGGAUAGAAGUUGCAGCUCAGAUAGCUUCAAUUUGUAAGGACUUGGGAUACAAAAAUGAUGUUGGAUAUCAGACUUUUCUUUACCAUAAUGAAGCGGACCUACGACAAGUUUUUAUGUUCCUUAUUGAGAGGCUGCCAACUGAAGGGAAUGAAACAACUACUGAUGUAUUACCAACCAACAGAAAAUCAACACUCUUUAGAGACAUCAGACAUAAGAUUGCUGAAGAAUUAAACCUCAUGUGGAUCCCUCCAUGUUGUAAUUCCCAGCUAACCACAGGAAUUGGAGACUAUGCAUAUCCACCUGAACCUUUAUCCAUACAAUCAACUCCGAAAAAUCUUACAAAGGAACAAUUAAUACAAAAACUAUUGAAAAUUAAACAUGUUAGUAAUGACACUAAGGUAAUGAAAACAUGUUGCACGUCAGAACAAGAUGUAAAAACUGAUUACACAGAAAAAUCAGAUGUACAAAUUGAAAUAAAACAAAGUCUAAAGGAAUUGAAAGAAACAGCUAUUAUUUUGAGUCAAAAAUUGGACACACUAGAGAGUGAACGAAACAUAAUGGAUGUAGAAUAUUCUCAGGCUCAAAAAUCUUGUGAAAGAGUAGAAGCAGACAUGAAAAAUGUAGAAAAUAUAUUGAGCAGUAUUGGCAUAACAGAAAUUGAUAGUGAAGAUAAUAUACAAAAGUUACUAGACAAAGUACACGGAAAUAUAAAUAUAUUGCACAGGAAGAGUGAAGAGCUGACAUCUAGAAAUUUAACUCUAAAAGUUGAGAUAGACAAAGUAAAGAACAAGGUUGCUUUAUCAGAGUCUGAAAGAAACAAGUGCAAAAAAAUUCUGACAACAUUAAAAACCAAUGCUAAAGAAAUGAAAGAUGAGUAUGCAAAGAAAGAUGAACUAAGGCAGCAACUGAGGAAUAACUAUGAAAAUUUGAAAGGGGGGAAUAAGAGGUCAAUUUACACAAAAAGAAUUAUGGAAAUAAUUAACAACGUAGAUAAACAAAACAUGGAAAUCAAGAAAAUAUUGGAUGACACUAGACAACUUCAGAAAGAAAUUAACACAUUGGAAGGUCAAUUGGAUAGAUGUUUUUCUAUUGCAGAUGAAACACUCUUUAGGGAUGCCAAGAAAGAUGAUCAAGCAAAGAAGGCAUAUAAAUUGCUUGCAUUAUUGCAUUCAGAGUGCAACACAAUUGUUUCCCUAGUAAAUGAUACAGGUGCAUUAGCAAGAGAUAUUGUAGAUAUAGAAGACAAUAUAAAAACUGAGAAAGCGAAACAUACUGAAGAAACUUUACAAAAGAUUAACUCUGAUCUAGCUAGGAUACAAGAGGAAAUAAAAAUUAUCAAAUAAAAUUAUAUUAAAUGAUAGCCUCUCAUAAAAUUAUGUCAGAGACCAAAAAUGUAUAGUAACAUGCAAUGAAAAGUGAGAAGUGUAUAUUGCAAACAUUUAUAAAUAUCCCAAUAUCGAAAUUGUGAACUCAAUUUGCCAUAAUACUUUACAUUGCACGUGACUAAUCACAGCACUGCAAGGCAUGCCUUUGGUUAUG